ACCUGCCCCUCUACCUAUCUCUAUCUAUCUAUCUAUCUAUCUAUCUAUCUAUCUAUCUAUAUCUAUCUAUCUAUCUAUCUAUCUAUCUAUCUAUCUAUCCCCUCUACCUAUCUACCUACUUCCCUCCCGCCUGCCCCCCUCCCUGCCCCCUCCCCCUGGCCCGCCCCCGGGCGGUGUACCACCAACUCCCGCUUCCCAUACCCUUCCCAAGGCCUUUUUUUCUUCCCUCUCCUCGCCCCAAGCCCUCCCAGAUCCAAGCCGCGAUUUUAUUCUUUUUUUUUCCUUUUUAUGCUAAUCAGGCGGGAUUCGAACCCGUCACCUCUUUGUUUGCCAGUUAAUUACCAAUUCAAUGCUUAUGCCAAUUGCGCUAUCCCGGCUUGGUUACAAAUUCAAUGGUUUUUGGUAUGUUAUUCAUAUGCAAAUCAAAUUCUUGCCCCUGAUUGGCUGUUGAAAAUAAUGACAUCAUGAACCUUCGGCCCAGAGGUCCCUGAGGUCCCACAGGUCCAAGAACCAAAACAAACCAAAGUUUACCAAACAUAAUGGAAACUGUAGCCUUCUCGGCUUUGCGAAAGCUUCUUUUUAAUUAGGAUUCUUGUAUCUUUCUGACCACUCGUACAUUUAAAAAAGCACUUAGCGCUUUCACGUUUUUCCGACGGGCAAUUUUGAUUUUAGCUGUAAGUUUUGUAUAAUAUUGAAAUACUUGAAAUGUCCGUCGGUGCGUUUGCUUUCAGUCGGUGAUCACAAGAAACAGUUUUUGUACGGUUAACAGUGAUCAACAUCAAUUUACAUUCUCGCUAUAUAUCCCACCAGUGAACAGUAUCAAUCAUAAAAGGCUGAAAAUAGAGGAAACUGCUCAGCAACGAAAAACAUUGUGAUUUCUAAUCAAAUUCUCCUCGUUAGCGCCAGAUGAACGGUAAAGGAAUGAGUAUGGAGAAUGUGCAUGUUAAUCUCACGCCAUUUUACAAGCGUUCCUGCAACAAGCAAAAGUGAUCGUAUAAAUGAAAAACGCGAAGGUUAUGUCACUUUUAAUAACAACAACACCAAAAGCUUUAUUUGCAUGACCAUAAAGGAAUUACAGUAUUGCACUGAGCUAUUAGUCUAAAUUUAAGUACUAAUUCAACUAAUUAGUACGUGCCAAACAUUACAAAACGUUACAGUUCUCGUUCAUUCAUUCAUUGAUAUUAAUUUGGUUCUUAAUUCAAAGCAUUGCGAGAUAAAUGAAACUAAUUGACAGUUAAUUAAAUAAUCAGAAGAAUUCAUAAGAAGAGAUAUUAAAGUAUCGUGUGAAAGUGAUUUGAAGUCAGGUAUUUUAGUUUCUAGUUUGGAGAAAAAUAUGUCUCUGAUCUGAGAAUAAGCCUUACAAUCUAGUAAGAAAUGAUUUUCAUCUUCGAUUUUGCUGCAGUUACUUGUACAAAAGUGACAUAUCCUUUCAUUGCGAGGAAUGUUUUCGUAUCUACCUGUUUCAAUUCUAAGUUGAUGACUACUUAUUCUAAAUAUAACUAAUGCUUUUCUCGAAGGGUUUUUUUUCUUGUUAAAACUAGGUACGGCGAGGGGCUAUAGUCGUCUUUGAUUGUACAAUGAAAACUGAGUUUUUGUGAUUGUUGAAGGGUCUGAUUCCAGUAAGAGACGUAUUUAAUAGAUUUGCAGCCAGCAGUGUGACCCUUCGACAACAAGAAAAAGCGUUCUUCUCUAACUAGGCAACUACAGAACACUAGUCUGAAUCUGGUAAGCACGGUAAAUCAUACUAAAAUGCUACCGAUGCGACCGAAAACUUGUGAUAGAAUCGUGAAAUCAGCCUGAAGGAUCAAAACAAGGUGAUAUCCUUCGUGUCCUAAGGCAGCUAAAAGACUUUUUUUUCCAGAAUGAAAUAUACUUACAUCCUCUUACUUGAGACAUCACAAGAGUCCCAGGGACAUUUCCAGGAGAUCUCCAUCAGUUUCCAACUUGACCCAAAAGUCACUUGACAGGAUGAACCAAACAAACAUUGUUUGCCCGGCCUAUUGACGAUUAGUAAUUCCAUCAGGUGGUGUUUCUUUCGCAGGCAAGGUUACGUAAUUCAAGCUAUUUCCAAUCCAGUCUUAAAAUCAGGCUGUCAAAUGUCCCCAAGGUCCAUGACCAAUAAAGAAAAUUCUCCAACUUCAGACGAAGAGCAGUUUGGAACUUCAUGGUCUGUUUAUCCACUGCAUUAAAGAAAAGGAACGUAUUAUAAGUAGACUAACUCGCGAAGUUGAAUGUGCGAAAAAGUGUGGAGAAGUUGAUCCUAAGUAAUGACAAAUGUUUAAUCAUAAAUUUCGCUUGUUUCUUCGCACACGUCCUUUUUUUCCCGUUUUUUUCUUACGUGAAUGCAUCCUUUUCUAAAAGUGCUUUUUUUUUGAGUCAAGAAUUUUAUAAAAGUAAGAAGAAAAAAAAAAAAUUUUGCUGAGCAGCAAAACCCUCCCCGGGUCUAACCUGCGAGCAAGGUCUCUCACUGCCCCACCCCACCCAACCCUCCCCCAAUCCCGGCAGCAAGAGACCUUGCUCGCAGGCUAGACCCCCCUCCCCUUCCCCUUCCCUUCCCUUCCUUCCCCUCCCAACCCUCCGCCCUCUACCUAUCUACCCCCCCCCCUCUACCUGCCCCUCCCUAUCUAUCUAUCUAUCUAUCUAUCUAUCUAUCUAUCUAUCUAUCUAUCUAUCUAUCUAUCUAUCUAUCUAUCUAUCUAUCUAUCUAUCUAUCUACCCCUCUACCUAUCUACCUACCUUCCCUCCGCCUGCCCCCUCCUCCCCCCCCCCCCGGCCCGCCCCCGGGCCGGUGUACCAACUCCCGCUUCCCAUACCCUUCCCAAGGCCUUUUUUCUUCCCUCUCCUCGCCCCAAGCCCUCCCAGAUCCAAGCCGCGAUUUUAUUCUUUUUUUUCCCUUUUUUAUGCUAAUCAGGCGGGAUUCGAACCCGUCACCUCUUUGUUUGCCAGUUAAUUACCAAUUCAAUGCUUAUGCCAAUUGCGCUAUCCCGGCUUGGUUACAAAUUCAAUGGUUUUUUGGUAUGUUAUUCAUAUGCAAAUCAAAUUCUUGCCCCUGAUUGGCUGUUGAAAAUAAUGACAUCAUGAACCUUCGGCCCAGAGGUCCCUGAGGUCCCACAGGUCCAAGAACCAAAACAAACCAAAGUUUACCAAACAUAAUGGAAACUGUAGCCUUCUCGGCUUUGCGAAAGUUUCUUUUUAAUCAGGAUUCUUGUAUCUUUCUGACCACUCGUACAUUUAAAAAAGCACUUAGCGCUUUCACGUUUUUCCGACGGGCAAUUUUGAUUUUAGCUGGAAGUUUUGUAUAAUAUUGAAAUACUUGAAAUGUCCGUCGGUGCGUUUGCUUUCAGUCGGUGAUCACAAGAAACAGUUUUUGUACGGUUAACAGUGAUCAACAUCAAUUUACAUUCCUCGCUAUAUAUCCCACCACUGAACAGUAUCAAUCAUAAAAGGCUGAAAAUAGAGGAAACUGCUCAGCAGCGAAAAAAACAUUAUGAUUUCUAAUCAAAUUCUCCUCGUUAGCGCCAGAUGAACGGUAAAGGAAUGAGUAUGGAGAAUGUGCAUGUUAAUCUCACGCCAUUUACAAGCGUUCCUGCAACAAGCAAAAGUGAUCGUAUAAAUGAAAAACGCGAAGGUUAUGUCACUUUUAAUAACAACAACACCAAAAGCUUUAUUUGCAUGACCAUAAAGGAAUUACAGUAUUGCACUGAGCUAUUAGUCUAGAUUUAAGUACUAAUUCAACUAAUUAGUACGUGCCAAACAAAACGUUACAAAACGUUACAGUUCUCGUUCAUUCAUUCAUUGAUAUUAAUUUGGUUCUUAAUUCAAAGCAUUGCGAGAUAAAUGAAACUAAUUGACAGUUAAUUAAAUAAUCAGAAGAAUUCAUAAGAAGAGAUAUUAAAGUAUCGUGUGAAAGUGAUUUGAAGUCAGGUAUUUUAGUUUCUAGUUUGGAGAAAAAUAUGUCUCUGAUCUGAGAAUAAGCCUUACAAUCUAGUAAGAAAUGAUUUUCAUCUUCGAUUUUGCUGCAGUUACUUGUACAAAAGUGACAUAUCCUUUCAUUGCGAGGAAUGUUUUCGUAUCUACCUGUUUCAAUUCUAAGUUGAUGACUACUUAUUCUAAAUAUAACUAAUGCUUUUCUCGAAGGGUUUUUUUUCUUGUUAAAACUAGGUACGGCGAGGGGCUAUAGUCGUCUUUGAUUGUACAAUGAAAACUGAGUUUUUGUGAUUGUUGAAGGGUCUGAUUCCAGUAAGAGACGUAUUUAAUAGAUUUGCAGCCAGCAGUGUGACCCUUCGACAACAAGAAAAAGCGUUCUUCUCUAACUAGGCAACUACAGAACACUAGUCUGAAUCUGGUAAGCACGGUAAAUCAUACUAAAAUGCUACCGAUGCGACCGAAAACUUGUGAUAGAAUCGUGAAAUCAGCCUGAAGGAUCAAAACAAGGUGAUAUCCUUCGUGUCCUAAGGCAGCUAAAAGACUUUUUUUUCCAGAAUGAAAUAUACUUACAUCCUCUUACUUGAGACAUCACAAGAGUCCCAGGGACAUUUCAGGAGAUCUCCAUCAGUUUCCAACUUGACCCAAAAGUCACUUGACAGGAUGAACCAAACAAACAUUGUUUGCCCGGCCUAUUGACGAUUAGUAAUUCCAUCAGGUGGUGUUUCUUUCGCAGGCAAGGUUACGUAAUUCAAGCUAUUUCCAAUCCAGUCUUAAAAUCAGGCUGUCAAAUGUCCCCAAGGUCCAUGACCAAUAAAGAAAAUUCUCCAACUUCAGACGAAGAGCAGUUUGGAACUUCAUGGUCUGUUUAUCCACUGCAUUAAAGAAAAGGAACGUAUUAUAAGUAGACUAACUCGCGAAGUUGAAUGUGCGAAAAAGUGUGGAGAAGUUGAUCCUAAGUAAUGACAAAUGUUUAAUCAUAAAUUUCGCUUGUUUCUUCGCACACGUCCUUUUUUUCCCGUUUUUUUCUUACGUGAAUGCAUCCUUUUCUAAAAGUGCUUUUUUUGAGUCAAGAAUUUUAUAAAAGUAAGAAGAAAAAAAAUUUUGCUGAGCAGCAAAACCCUCCCCGGGUCUAACCUGCGAGCAAGGUCUCUCACUGCCCCACCCCACCCAACCCUCCCCCCAAUCCCGGCAGCAAGAGACCUUGCUCGCAGGCUAGACCCCCCCUCCCUUUCCCCUUCCCUUCCCUUCCCUUCCCCCUCCCAACCCUCCGCCCUCUACCUAUCUACCUACCCCCCUCUACCUGCCCCUCUACCUAUCUAUCUAUCUAUCUAUCUAUCUAUCUAUCUAUCUAUCUAUCUAUCUAUCUAUCUAUCUAUCUAUCUAUCUAUCUAUCUAUCUAUCUACCCCUCUACCUAUCUACCUACUUCCCUCCCGCCUGCCCCCCUCUCCCUGCCCUCCCCCCGGCCCGCCCCCGGGCCGGUGUACCAACUCCCGCUUCCCAUACCCUUCCCAAGGCCUUUUUUCUUCCCUCUCCUCGCCCCAAGCCCUCCCAGAUCCAAGCCGCGAUUUUAUUCUUUUUUUUCCCUUUUUUAUGCUAAUCAGGCGGGAUUCGAACCCGUCACCUCUUUGUUUGCCAGUUAAUUACCAAUUCAAUGCUUAUGCCAAUUGCGCUAUCCCGGCUUGGUUACAAAUUCAAUGGUUUUUUGGUAUGUUAUUCAUAUGCAAAUCAAAUUCUUGCCCCUGAUUGGCUGUUGAAAAUAAUGACAUCAUGAACCUUCGGCCCAGAGGUCCCUGAGGUCCCACAGGUCCAAGAACCAAAACAAACCAAAGUUUACCAAACAUAAUGGAAACUGUAGCCUUCUCGGCUUUGCGAAAGUUUCUUUUUAAUCAGGAUUCUUGUAUCUUUCUGACCACUCGUACAUUUAAAAAAGCACUUAGCGCUUUCACGUUUUUCCGACGGGCAAUUUUGAUUUUAGCUGGAAGUUUUGUAUAAUAUUGAAAUACUUGAAAUGUCCGUCGGUGCGUUUGCUUUCAGUCGGUGAUCACAAGAAACAGUUUUUGUACGGUUAACAGUGAUCAACAUCAAUUUACAUUCCUCGCUAUAUAUCCCACCACUGAACAGUAUCAAUCAUAAAAGGCUGAAAAUAGAGGAAACUGCUCAGCAGCGAAAAACAUUAUGAUUUCUAAUCAAAUUCUCCUCGUUAGCGCCAGAUGAACGGUAAAGGAAUGAGUAUGGAGAAUGUGCAUGUUAAUCUCACGCCAUUUACAAGCGUUCCUGCAACAAGCAAAAGUGAUCGUAUAAAUGAAAAACGCGAAGGUUAUGUCACUUUUAAUAACAACAACACCAAAAGCUUUAUUUGCAUGACCAUAAAGGAAUUACAGUAUUGCACUGAGCUAUUAGUCUAGAUUUAAGUACUAAUUCAACUAAUUAGUACGUGCCAAACAUUACAAAACGUUACAGUUCUCGUUCAUUCAUUCAUUGAUAUUAAUUUGGUUCUUAAUUCAAAGCAUUGCGAGAUAAAUGAAACUAAUUGACAGUUAAUUAAAUAAUCAGAAGAAUUCAUAAGAAGAGAUAUUAAAGUAUCGUGUGAAAGUGAUUUGAAGUCAGGUAUUUUAGUUUCUAGUUUGGAGAAAAAUAUGUCUCUGAUCUGAGAAUAAGCCUUACAAUCUAGUAAGAAAUGAUUUUCAUCUUCGAUUUUGCUGCAGUUACUUGUACAAAAGUGACAUAUCCUUUCAUUGCGAGGAAUGUUUUCGUAUCUACCUGUUUCAAUUCUAAGUUGAUGACUACUUAUUCUAAAUAUAACUAAUGCUUUUCUCGAAGGGUUUUUUCUUGUUAAAACUAGGUACGGCGAGGGGCUAUAGUCGUCUUUGAUUGUACAAUGAAAACUGAGUUUUUGUGAUUGUUGAAGGGUCUGAUUCCAGUAAGAGACGUAUUUAAUAGAUUUGCAGCCAGCAGUGUGACCCUUCGACAACAAGAAAAAGCGUUCUUCUCUAACUAGGCAACUACAGAACACUAGUCUGAAUCUGGUAAGCACGGUAAAUCAUACUAAAAUGCUACCGAUGCGACCGAAAACUUGUGAUAGAAUCGUGAAAUCAGCCUGAAGGAUCAAAACAAGGUGAUAUCCUUCGUGUCCUAAGGCAGCUAAAAGACUUUUUUUUUCCAGAAUGAAAUAUACUUACAUCCUCUUACUUGAGACAUCACAAGAGUCCCAGGGACAUUUCAGGAGAUCUCCAUCAGUUUCCAACUUGACCCAAAAGUCACUUGACAGGAUGAACCAAACAAACAUUGUUUGCCCGGCCUAUUGACGAUUAGUAAUUCCAUCAGGUGGUGUUUCUUUUUCGCAGGCAAGGUUACGUAAUUCAAGCUAUUUCCAAUCCAGUCUUAAAAUCAGGCUGUCAAAUGUCCCCAAGGUCCAUGACCAAUAAAGAAAAUUCUCCAACUUCAGACGAAGAGCAGUUUGGAACUUCAUGGUCUGUUUAUCCACUGCAUUAAAGAAAAGGAACGUAUUAUAAGUAGACUAACUCGCGAAGUUGAAUGUGCGAAAAAGUGUGGAGAAGUUGAUCCUAAGUAAUGACAAAUGUUUAAUCAUAAAUUUCGCUUGUUUCUUCGCACACGUCCUUUUUUUCCCGUUUUUUUCUUACGUGAAUGCAUCCUUUUCUAAAAGUGCUUUUUUUGAGUCAAGAAUUUUAUAAAAGUAAGAAGAAAAAAAAUUUUGCUGAGCAGCAAAACCCUCCCCGGGUCUAACCUGCGAGCAAGGUCUCUCACUGCCCCCCCCCCCCCCACCCCCCCCCCCAAUCCCGGCAGCAAGAGACCUUGCUCGCAGGCUAGACCCCCUCCCUUUCCCCUUCCCUUCCCUUCCCUUCCCCUCCCAACCCUCCGCCCUCUACCUAUCUACCUACCCCCCCUACCUGCCCUCCCCUACCUAUCUAUCUAUCUAUCUAUCUAUCUAUCUAUCUAUCUAUCUAUCUAUCUAUCUAUCUAUCUAUCUAUCUAUCUAUCUAUCUAUCUAUCUACCCCUCUACCUAUCUACCUACUUCCCUCCCGCCUGCCCCCCUCUCCCUGCCCUCCCCCCGGCCCGCCCCCGGGCCGGUGUACCAACUCCCGCUUCCCAUACCCUUCCCAAGGCCUUUUUUCUUCCCUCUCCUCGCCCCAAGCCCUCCCAGAUCCAAGCCGCGAUUUUAUUCUUUUUUUUCCCUUUUUUUUGCUAAUCAGGCGGGAUUCGAACCCGUCACCUCUUUGUUUGCCAGUUAAUUACCAAUUCAAUGCUUAUGCCAAUUGCGCUAUCCCGGCUUGGUUACAAAUUCAAUGGUUUUUUGGUAUGUUAUUCAUAUGCAAAUCAAAUUCUUGCCCCUGAUUGGCUGUUGAAAAUAAUGACAUCAUGAACCUUCGGCCCAGAGGUCCCUGAGGUCCCACAGGUCCAAGAACCAAAACAAACCAAAGUUUACCAAACAUAAUGGAAACUGUAGCCUUCUCGGCUUUGCGAAAGUUUCUUUUUAAUCAGGAUUCUUGUAUCUUUCUGACCACUCGUACAUUUAAAAAGCACUUAGCGCUUUCACGUUUUUCCGACGGGCAAUUUUGAUUUUAGCUGGAAGUUUUGUAUAAUAUUGAAAUACUUGAAAUGUCCGUCGGUGCGUUUGCGUUUUCAGUCGGUGAUCACAAGAAACAGUUUUUGUACGGUUAACAGUGAUCAACAUCAAUUUACAUUCCUCGCUAUAUAUCCCACCACUGAACAGUAUCAAUCAUAAAAGGCUGAAAAUAGAGGAAACUGCUCAGCAGCGAAAAACAUUAUGAUUUCUAAUCAAAUUCUCCUCGUUAGCGCGCAGAUGAACGGUAAAGGAAUGAGUAUGGAGAAUGUGCAUGUUAAUCUCACGCCAUUUACAAGCGUUCCUGCAACAAGCAAAAGUGAUCGUAUAAAUGAAAAACGCGAAGGUUAUGUCACUUUUAAUAACAACAACACCAAAAGCUUUAUUUGCAUGACCAUAAAGGAAUUACAGUAUUGCACUGAGCUAUUAGUCUAGAUUUAAGUACUAAUUCAACUAAUUAGUACGUGCCAAACAUUACAAAAACGUUACAGUUCUCGUUCAUUCAUUCAUUGAUAUUAAUUUGGUUCUUAAUUCAAAGCAUUGCGAGAUAAAUGAAACUAAUUGACAGUUAAUUAAAUAAUCAGAAGAAUUCAUAAGAAGAGAUAUUAAAGUAUCGUGUGAAAGUGAUUUGAAGUCAGGUAUUUUAGUUUCUAGUUUGGAGAAAAAUAUGUCUCUGAUCUGAGAAUAAGCCUUACAAUCUAGUAAGAAAUGAUUUUCAUCUUCGAUUUUGCUGCAGUUACUUGUACAAAAGUGACAUAUCCUUUCAUUGCGAGGAAUGUUUUCGUAUCUACCUGUUUCAAUUCUAAGUUGAUGACUACUUAUUCUAAAUAUAACUAAUGCUUUUCUCGAAGGGUUUUUUCUUGUUAAAACUAGGUACGGCGAGGGGCUAUAGUCGUCUUUGAUUGUACAAUGAAAACUGAGUUUUUGUGAUUGUUGAAGGGUCUGAUUCCAGUAAGAGACGUAUUUAAUAGAUUUGCAGCCAGCAGUGUGACCCUUCGACAACAAGAAAAAGCGUUCUUCUCUAACUAGGCAACUACAGAACACUAGUCUGAAUCUGGUAAGCACGGUAAAUCAUACUAAAAUGCUACCGAUGCGACCGAAAACUUGUGAUAGAAUCGUGAAAUCAGCCUGAAGGAUCAAAACAAGGUGAUAUCCUUCGUGUCCUAAGGCAGCUAAAAGACUUUUUUUCCAGAAUGAAAUAUACUUACAUCCUCUUACUUGAGACAUCACAAGAGUCCCAGGGACAUUUCCAGGAGAUCUCCAUCAGUUUCCAACUUGACCCAAAAGUCACUUGACAGGAUGAACCAAACAAACAUUGUUUGCCCGGCCUAUUGACGAUUAGUAAUUCCAUCAGGUGGUGUUUCUUUCGCAGGCAAGGUUACGUAAUUCAAGCUAUUUCCAAUCCAGUCUUAAAAUCAGGCUGUCAAAUGUCCCCAAGGUCCAUGACCAAUAAAGAAAAUUCUCCAACUUCAGACGAAGAGCAGUUUGGAACUUCAUGGUCUGUUUAUCCACUGCAUUAAAGAAAAGGAACGUAUUAUAAGUAGACUAACUCGCGAAGUUGAAUGUGCGAAAAAGUGUGGAGAAGUUGAUCCUAAGUAAUGACAAAUGUUUAAUCAUAAAUUUCGCUUGUUUCUUCGCACACGUCCUUUUUUUCCCGUUUUUUUCUUACGUGAAUGCAUCCUUUUCUAAAAGUGCUUUUUUUGAGUCAAGAAUUUUAUAAAAGUAAGAAGAAAAAAAAUUUUGCUGAGCAGCAAAACCCUCCCCGGGUCUAACCUGCGAGCAAGGUCUCUCACUGCCCCACCCCACCCAACCCUCCCCCAAUCCCGGCAGCAAGAGACCUUGCUCGCAGGCUAGACCCCCCCCUCCCUUCCCCUUCCCUUCCCUUCCCUUCCCCCUCCCAACCCUCCGCCCUCUACCUAUCUACCUACCCCCCUCUACCUGCCCCUCUACCUAUCUAUCUAUCUAUCUAUCUAUCUAUCUAUCUAUCUAUCUAUCUAUCUAUCUAUCUAUCUAUCUAUCUAUCUAUCUAUCUACCCCUCUACCUAUCUACCUACUUCCCUCCCGCCUGCCCCCCUCUCCCUGCCCUCCCCCCGGCCCGCCCCCGGGCCGGUGUACCAACUCCCGCUUCCCAUACCCUUCCCAAGGCCUUUUUUCUUCCCUCUCCUCGCCCCAAGCCCUCCCAGAUCCAAGCCGCGAUUUUAUUCUUUUUUUUCCCUUUUUUAUGCUAAUCAGGCGGGAUUCGAACCCGUCACCUCUUUGUUUUCCAGUUAAUUACCAAUUCAAUGCUUAUGCCAAUUGCGCUAUCCCGGCUUGGUUACAAAUUCAAUGGUUUUUUGGUAUGUUAUUCAUAUGCAAAUCAAAUUCUUGCCCCUGAUUGGCUGUUGAAAAUAAUGACAUCAUGAACCUUCGGCCCAGAGGUCCCUGAGGUCCCACAGGUCCAAGAACCAAAACAAACCAAAGUUUACCAAACAUAAUGGAAACUGUAGCCUUCUCGGCUUUGCGAAAGUUUCUUUUUAAUCAGGAUUCUUGUAUCUUUCUGACCACUCGUACAUUUAAAAAAGCACUUAGCGCUUUCACGUUUUUCCGACGGGCAAUUUUGAUUUUAGCUGGAAGUUUUGUAUAAUAUUGAAAUACUUGAAAUGUCCGUCGGUGCGUUUGCUUUCAGUCGGUGAUCACAAGAAACAGUUUUUGUACGGUUAACAGUGAUCAACAUCAAUUUACAUUCCUCGCUAUAUAUCCCACCACUGAACAGUAUCAAUCAUAAAAGGCUGAAAAUAGAGGAAACUGCUCAGCAGCGAAAAACAUUAUGAUUUCUAAUCAAAUUCUCCUCGUUAGCGCCAGAUGAACGGUAAAGGAAUGAGUAUGGAGAAUGUGCAUGUUAAUCUCACGCCAUUUACAAGCGUUCCUGCAACAAGCAAAAGUGAUCGUAUAAAUGAAAAACGCGAAGGUUAUGUCACUUUUAAUAACAACAACACCAAAAGCUUUAUUUGCAUGACCAUAAAGGAAUUACAGUAUUGCACUGAGCUAUUAGUCUAGAUUUAAGUACUAAUUCAACUAAUUAGUACGUGCCAAACAUUACAAAACGUUACAGUUCUCGUUCAUUCAUUCAUUGAUAUUAAUUUGGUUCUUAAUUCAAAGCAUUGCGAGAUAAAUGAAACUAAUUGACAGUUAAUUAAAUAAUCAGAAGAAUUCAUAAGAAGAGAUAUUAAAGUAUCGUGUGAAAGUGAUUUGAAGUCAGGUAUUUUAGUUUCUAGUUUGGAGAAAAAUAUGUCUCUGAUCUGAGAAUAAGCCUUACAAUCUAGUAAGAAAUGAUUUUCAUCUUCGAUUUUGCUGCAGUUACUUGUACAAAAGUGACAUAUCCUUUCAUUGCGAGGAAUGUUUUCGUAUCUACCUGUUUCAAUUCUAAGUUGAUGACUACUUAUUCUAAAUAUAACUAAUGCUUUUCUCGAAGGUUUUUUUUCUUGUUAAAACUAGGUACGGCGAGGGGCUAUAGUCGUCUUUGAUUGUACAAUGAAAACUGAGUUUUUGUGAUUGUUGAAGGGUCUGAUUCCAGUAAGAGACGUAUUUAAUAGAUUUGCAGCCAGCAGUGUGACCCUUCGACAACAAGAAAAAGCGUUCUUCUCUAACUAGGCAACUACAGAACACUAGUCUGAAUCUGGUAAGCACGGUAAAUCAUACUAAAAUGCUACCGAUGCGACCGAAAACUUGUGAUAGAAUCGUGAAAUCAGCCGAAGGAUCAAAACAAGGUGAUAUCCUUCGUGUCCUAAAGGCAGCUAAAAGACUUUUUUUCCAGAAUGAAAUAUACUUACAUCCUCUUACUUGAGACAUCACAAGAGUCCCAGGGACAUUUCCAGGAGAUCUCCAUCAGUUUCCAACUUGACCCAAAAGUCACUUGACAGGAUGAACCAAACAAACAUUGUUUGCCCGGCCUAUUGACGAUUAGUAAUUCCAUCAGGUGGUGUUUCUUUCGCAGGCAAGGUUACGUAAUUCAAGCUAUUUCCAAUCCAGUCUUAAAAUCAGGCUGUCAAAUGUCCCCAAGGUCCAUGACCAAUAAAGAAAAUUCUCCAACUUCAGACGAAGAGCAGUUUGGAACUUCAUGGUCUGUUUAUCCACUGCAUUAAAGAAAAGGAACGUAUUAUAAGUAGACUAACUCGCGAAGUUGAAUGUGCGAAAAAGUGUGGAGAAGUUGAUCCUAAGUAAUGACAAAUGUUUAAUCAUAAAUUUCGCUUGUUUCUUCGCACACGUCCUUUUUUCCCGUUUUUUUCUUACGUGAAUGCAUCCUUUUCUAAAAGUGCUUUUUUUGAGUCAAGAAUUUUAUAAAAGUAAGAAAAAAAAAAAAAAUUUUGCUGAGCAGCAAAACCCUCCCCGGGUCUAACCUGCGAGCAAGGUCUCUCACUGCCCCACCCCACCCAACCCUCCCCCAAUCCCGGCAGCAAGAGACCUUGCUCGCAGGCUAGACCCCCCCCCCUUUCCCUUCCCUUCCCUUCCCUUCCCCUCCCAACCCUCCGCCCUCUACCCUAUCUACCCUACCUACCCCCUACCUACCUAUCUAUCUAUCUAUCUAUCUAUCUAUCUAUCUAUCUAUCUAUCUAUCUAUCUAUCUAUCUAUCUAUCUAUCUAUCUAUCUAUCUAUCUAUCUACCCCUCUACCUAUCUACCUACUUCCCUCCCGCCUGCCCCCUCUCCCUGCCCUCCCCCCGGCCCGCCCCCGGGCCGGUGUACCAACUCCCGCUUCCCAUACCCUUCCCAAGGCCUUUUUUCUUCCCUCUCCUCGCCCCAAGCCCUCCCAGAUCCAAGCCGCGAUUUUAUUCUUUUUUUUUUUUUUUUUUUUAUGCUAAUCAGGCGGGAUUCGAACCCGUCACCUCUUUGUUUGCCAGUUAAUUACCAAUUCAAUGCUUAUGCCAAUUGCGCUAUCCCGGCUUGGUUACAAAUUCAAUGGUUUUUUGGUAUGUUAUUCAUAUGCAAAUCAAAUUCUUGCCCCUGAUUGGCUGUUGAAAAUAAUGACAUCAUGAACCUUCGGCCCAGAGGUCCCUGAGGUCCCACAGGUCCAAGAACCAAAACAAACCAAAGUUUACCAAACAUAAUGGAAACUGUAGCCUUCUCGGCUUUGCGAAAGUUUCUUUUUAAUCAGGAUUCUUGUAUCUUUCUGACCACUCGUACAUUUAAAAAAGCACUUAGCGCUUUCACGUUUUUCCGACGGGCAAUUUUGAUUUUAGCUGGAAGUUUUGUAUAAUAUUGAAAUACUUGAAAUGUCCGUCGGUGCGUUUGCGUUUUCAGUCGGUGAUCACAAGAAACAGUUUUUGUACGGUUAACAGUGAUCAACAUCAAUUUACAUUCCUCGCUAUAUAUCCCACCACUGAACAGUAUCAAUCAUAAAAGGCUGAAAAUAGAGGAAACUGCUCAGCAGCGAAAAAAACAUUAUGAUUUCUAAUCAAAUUCUCCUCGUUAGCGCCAGAUGAACGGUAAAGGAAUGAGUAUGGAGAAUGUGCAUGUUAAUCUCACGCCAUUUACAAGCGUUCCUGCAACAAGCAAAAGUGAUCGUAUAAAUGAAAAACGCGAAGGUUAUGUCACUUUUAAUAACAACAACACCAAAAGCUUUAUUUGCAUGACCAUAAAGGAAUUACAGUAUUGCACUGAGCUAUUAGUCUAGAUUUAAGUACUAAUUCAACUAAUUAGUACGUGCCAAACAUUACAAAACGUUACAGUUCUCGUUCAUUCAUUCAUUGAUAUUAAUUUGGUUCUUAAUUCAAAGCAUUGCGAGAUAAAUGAAACUAAUUGACAGUUAAUUAAAUAAUCAGAAGAAUUCAUAAGAAGAGAUAUUAAAGUAUCGUGUGAAAGUGAUUUGAAGUCAGGUAUUUUAGUUUCUAGUUUGGAGAAAAAUAUGUCUCUGAUCUGAGAAUAAGCCUUACAAUCUAGUAAGAAAUGAUUUUCAUCUUCGAUUUUGCUGCAGUUACUUGUACAAAAGUGACAUAUCCUUUCAUUGCGAGGAAUGUUUUCGUAUCUACCUGUUUCAAUUCUAAGUUGAUGACUACUUAUUCUAAAUAUAACUAAUGCUUUUCUCGAAGGGUUUUUUCUUGUUAAAACUAGGUACGGCGAGGGGCUAUAGUCGUCUUUGAUUGUACAAUGAAAACUGAGUUUUUGUGAUUGUUGAAGGGUCUGAUUCCAGUAAGAGACGUAUUUAAUAGAUUUGCAGCCAGCAGUGUGACCCUUCGACAACAAGAAAAAGCGUUCUUCUCUAACUAGGCAACUACAGAACACUAGUCUGAAUCUGGUAAGCACGGUAAAUCAUACUAAAAUGCUACCGAUGCGACCGAAAACUUGUGAUAGAAUCGUGAAAUCAGCCUGAAGGAUCAAAACAAGGUGAUAUCCUUCGUGUCCUAAGGCAGCUAAAAGACUUUUUUCCAGAAUGAAAUAUACUUACAUCCUCUUACUUGAGACAUCACAAGAGUCCCAGGGACAUUUCCCAGGAGAUCUCCAUCAGUUUCCAACUUGACCCAAAAGUCACUUGACAGGAUGAACCAAACAAACAUUGUUUGCCCGGCCUAUUGACGAUUAGUAAUUCCAUCAGGUGGUGUUUCUUUCGCAGGCAAGGUUACGUAAUUCAAGCUAUUUCCAAUCCAGUCUUAAAAUCAGGCUGUCAAAUGUCCCCAAGGUCCAUGACCAAUAAAGAAAAUUCUCCAACUUCAGACGAAGAGCAGUUUGGAACUUCAUGGUCUGUUUAUCCACUGCAUUAAAGAAAAGGAACGUAUUAUAAGUAGACUAACUCGCGAAGUUGAAUGUGCGAAAAAGUGUGGAGAAGUUGAUCCUAAGUAAUGACAAAUGUUUAAUCAUAAAUUUCGCUUGUUUCUUCGCACACGUCCUUUUUUUCCCGUUUUUUUCUUACGUGAAUGCAUCCUUUUCUAAAAGUGCUUUUUUUGAGUCAAGAAUUUUAUAAAAGUAAGAAGAAAAAAAAUUUUGCUGAGCAGCAAAACCCUCCCCGGGUCUAACCUGCGAGCAAGGUCUCUCACUGCCCCACCCCACCCAACCCUCCCCCCAAUCCCGGCAGCAAGAGACCUUGCUCGCAGGCUAGACCCCCCCUCCCUUUCCCCUUCCCUUCCCUUCCCUUCCCCCUCCCAACCCUCCGCCCUCUACCUAUCUACCUACCCCCCUACCCCCCUCUAUCUAUCUAUCUAUCUAUCUAUCUAUCUAUCUAUCUAUCUAUCUAUCUAUCUAUCUAUCUAUCUAUCUAUCUAUCUAUCUAUCUAUCUAUCUAUCUAUCUACCCCUCUACCUAUCUACCUAC